AAAUGUGGUAAGUAGGUGUGAGGUUAGACAAGUGUUUUUGUAUUGGAUAAGUUAUAGUUAUAUUUAAGGAUAAGAUGAAAGGGAAGAAAAGUGAUUAUCAAGGUAGACUAAAAUGUGAAGAGAACGAAGAGACUUUUAUACCUGGAUUAUACGACGAUGUAGCGUUGAUUUGUUUAGCGUGGGCCUGUCGAUUCGAUUACGCUUCCUUAUCUUGCUUAAACACGAGGUUUAGUUUGCUAAUAAAUAGCGGUUAUUUAUACGAGUUAAGGAAACAAUUGGGGAUAAUAGAGCAUUGGGUGUAUAUGGUUUGUGAUCCUAGAGGAUGGGAGUCGUUUGACCCGAUAAGUAAGAAAUGGAUGAGAUUGCCUAGGAUUCCUUGUGACGAGUGUUUUAAUUAUGCGGAUAAGGAGUCGUUAGCUGUUGGUAGUGAGUUAUUGGUUUUUGGGCGCGAGUUGUUUGAGUUUGCUAUAUGGAAGUAUAGUUUGGUUUAUAGGAGUUGGGUUAAAUGUGAGGGAAUGCGGCAUCCUAGAUGUUUAUUUGCUUCAGGGAGUUUUGGGUCGAUUGCUAUAGUAGCAGGAGGUAGUGACCAUAAUGGUAACAUUUUGAAUUCUGCAGAGUUAUAUGAUUCGUUAACGGGUAAAUGGGAAAUGUUACCUGAUAUGCAUACCCCACGUAGAUUGUGUGCGGGUUUUUUCAUGGAUGGGAAGUUUUACGUGAUUGGAGGGAUGACAAACCCUCAAGAUACAUUAACUUGUGGAGAAGAAUUUGAUCUCACAACGAAAACAUGGAGGAAAAUUGAUGGGAUGUACCCUAAUGUAAACAGGGCUGCAAUGGCACCCCCACUUGUUGCAGUUGUAGAUAAUCAAUUAUACGCAGUUGAAUAUAUAAGCAACAUGGUUAAAAAGUACGAUAAAGAUAAAAACUCAUGGGAUGAUUUGGGAAGACUCCCUGUUCGGGCUGAUUCAUCAAACGGUUGGGGUCUGGCUUUUAGAGCGUGUGGGGAUGAGCUUUUGGUAGUGGGUGGACAAAGGGGACCGGAAGGUGAAGCGAUUGUUCUUAACUCAUGGAGCCCAAAAUCCGGGGUCAAAAACAGGGUAUUGGACUGGAAGGUUCUUGGGGUCAAGGAACAUGCUGGUGUGUUUGUUUACAAUUGUGCUGUGAUGGGUUCUUGAAACCCUAACCAUAGGUUUUUUCCCCCUGGGAAUUCUCUGAUUAACUUUCUUUUUUUCUUUUUCCUUUGAAAAAAAUAUUUCAUCUGGGGUACUUUCAUUUUUCUUGGAUUCGUGUACUUUGUAUUAUGUGGCAAUGAACUCCAAAGGGUAUAGUAUUUUGAGGUUAAUGUUUA